UUCACGACAGCCAAUGCGCUCGCUCUCCAACGUAAACCGAUGAUGGCCGCAAUAAAUCAAGGCUGUUGCACACAAAAGUCCGGAUGAGGCGCUGUGUUCAACUUCAAUUUGCUGUUUCAUUCAGUCUGAUUACUUUCACUUUUGUUAAAGAGCGUCGGCAAGUCGAGGACACAAAUAAAUCAGCUUUUCUGUACAGGUGAAGUGCUUGGAAGAUGAGCUACGAUCGUGCCAUCACAGUGUUCUCACCUGAUGGCCACUUAUUCCAGGUGGAUUAUGCACAGGAGGCGGUCAAAAAAGGUUCAACGGCUGUUGGAGUACGAGGAAAAAACGUUGUUGUGCUAGGAGUGGAGAAGAAAACUGUGGCCAAGCUCCAAGAUGACAGAACAGUGCGCAAAAUCUGCGCCUUGGACGAUAACGUCUUCAUGGCCUUUGCAGGGUUGACAGCAGAUGCCAGGAUAGUUGUUAACAGGGCUAGGGUGGAGUGUCAGAGUCACAGGCUUACAGUGGAAGACCCUGUGACUGUGGAGUACAUCACACGCUUCAUCUCCAGCAUCAAACAGCGCUACACGCAAAGCAAUGGGCGAAGGCCCUUUGGCAUCUCCUCCCUUCUUGUGGGGUUUGAUUUUGAUGGAACACCCCAUCUGUACCAAACUGACCCUUCAGGAACAUAUCAUGCCUGGAAGGCAAAUGCCAUUGGAAGAUCUGCCAAGACUGUACGUGAGUUUCUAGAGAAGAACUAUAAAGAGGAGGAUAUGGAGUCCGAUACAGACACCAUUAAACUGGCCGUCAGAGCGCUACUUGAGGUUGUCCAGUCAGGGGGAAAGAACAUUGAGCUGGCCAUUAUGAAGCGGGAUGAAUCAAUGAAGAUUCUGGUCCAAGAGGAAAUUGAGGAAUAUGUCACGGCUAUUGAAAAGGAAAAGGAGGAAGCAGAGAAACAAAAGAAGAAAACAUGAAUACUCUUUUUGAUUGAAGUCAUAACCAAACAUGCCUUCAUCCAUCUUAAAUAUUGCAUCAGGAAUCUCAUUGUUUACAUUAAUUAUCUCAUUGUUUCUCUAUCCAAUGCUGGAGGGACUCCUAAGGAGUGCAUAUUUUUGUUCUAGCCCAGCACUACCACACCUGAUUCGACUAAUCACCAGGCUCUUGUUUGGCUGAAUCAGGUAGGAUAUGGUAGUGCUGGGAUAGACUGUUCUGGGUGCCGAGACUAGCGUUGGGCUAAAACAAAACUACUCCCACCCUGGGAGUCCCAAUGAAAUGGAUUGAGAAACACUGCUGCCCUAAUCGACCAUAUGCAAACGUAAGACUUUACCUUAUUCUUGCAAUGAAUAAAUAUCUGUAUUUAAACUACAACUUUCAGUUACUAUAAUUUGACAGAGAAAAUUAACAAGAACAAGUGAAUCAGCAAUUUUCCAUGUUUAUUACAUUUGUAACAAUUUAACAUCACUUAAUUUGCUAAGAAUGAUAGAAAACAAACCAAUACAUAGGGAUUCAUUAGUUCUGGCAGACAUUUGGUCUGAAAUUAAGUUAUUUAUAAUGAUAUGAAUAAGUAAUAUUUACAAUACCUGGAACACAAAAAUGACCUGAAGGUAUUUUCCCCUCAACAGUUUCAUCUUGAAAAGCACAGGCAAAUUCAAAUUCAAAACAACAUUGUCAAAAGCCAAAAUGUACCAUGGGCUCAAAGAAAAUAUAAAGAAAAAGCAAUGCAAAA